UGUAUGUGUGUGUGUGUGUGUGUGAGCUUAUUUAAAGGGCUGACUCUCUCUCGCUGGGCGAUCAACACCAGCUCAGCAUCAUCAGCUUACCGCCUGCUGCUUCCAGGGAAUAAAGUCUGAAUAGUUUUCCUGAGAGACGUCUGCUGAAGAAACAGUCAGUGCAGAAAUGUCUCAGCUGUCUGUCCUGCUGCCUCUCACAGGCCUUUUAUUCCUGAUCUCCUCAACAAUUGGCUCAGAAUCCAGUGUGCCUAUCCCAGUGACCUGCGUGACCCGUGGAGCCGACCUGACGGAUGACGGCAUGGUGAUUUUGUGUCCUCCAGACUGCACCCAGUGGAGGGUGUCAGUGUUUGGGACAGGAAUCUACGCCUCCGUCUCCUCCGUCUGUGGAGCUGCUGUCCACAGUGGAGUGCUGCGUCCGUCUGGAGGCCCUGUCAAGGUUCACAGGCAGCCAGGACGAUACAACUACAUGAGCUCCUAUGCCCACGGCAUCCAAUCACAGACCUUGUCUCACUGGUCCAACUCCUUCACCCUCACCAAACCAAUUAGCAUUCCACUGGAGCUGACUAGUGAUACCAGUGACACAGCUCUGCCUGCAGGAAAAGGAAAGAAACCAGUGAAGAAGACAGUGAAGAAAAAUCUGCCAGUCGGAAAUAAAGAAUGUCAGAUGGACAUCGUCAUUGUGAUGGACAGCAGUAGCAACAUCGGGCAGCGGCGGUUCAACCUGCAAAAAAACUUUAUUAACAAACUGACGGCCACGUUGAAAGUCGGACCAACAGGACCACAUAUAGGCCUGGUCCAGAUCAGUGACUCUCCCAGGACAGAGUUCUCACUGAACAACUUCACUCAGCCUAAAGACUUGGCACUUGCCAUCAAGGAGUUAAACUACCUGGGAGGAGACACCAACACAGGUAAGGCCAUCAUGCACACAGCAAGGACCUUCUUCACCCAGGAGAAUGGCGGGAGGCGGGGUCACCCCAGGGUGAUGAUGGUGCUGAUUGACGGAUGGCCAUCUGAUGACCUGGACCAGGCAGCCACAGUGGCCAGAGAGACCGGCAUCAACGUCUUCAUGGUGUCUGUGGCUAAACCAACACCUGAGGAGCUCACCUUUGUGCGGGACAAAGAUUUCAUGAAGAAGGCGGUAUGUAAAGACAACGGUUUCUUCGAUUAUUUGAUCCCCAGCUGGUUCACCACCACCAAACAUAUCAAACCUCUCACUCAGAGACUCUGCUCGCUGGAGGGACUGCUCUGCAGUAGAACCUGCUACAACUCGGUGAACAUCGGGUUCCUUAUCGAUGGUUCAUCCAGCGUUGGCGAUCCAAACUUCCAGCUGGUCUUGGACUUCCUGGCAGCAAUCGCCAGAAGCUUUGACAUCUCAGAUCUGGGAGCUCACAUUGGUGCGGUGCAGUUCACCUACGAUCAGAGGCUGGAAUUUGGCCUGUCUGACCAUCAAAACAAGCAGGAUGCCCUCAAUGCUCUGAAGAAGAUCACUUACAUGAGUGGAGGAACAGCCACCGGAGCAGCCAUCGCCUACACCGCGCAGAACCUGUUCAGGCGGACAGGACCAGGCCGCAACUUCCUAAUUUUAGUGACAGAUGGCCAAUCAUAUGACGAUGUUGCAAACCCGGCAAAGGAGGCACAGAGACAAGGCAUUACCAUGUACACGGUGGGUGUGGCCUGGGCACCCAUAGAUGACCUCAAAGCAAUGGCAUCAGAGCCAAAGGACAGGCACACCUUCUUCACCAAAGAGUUCACCGGCCUUGAGAACUUAGCCCCUGCUUUGGUCCAAGGCAUUUGCCGAGACUUCACAGAGAAGAACUAAGAACACGCAUGUUUGUACUUCUAUACUUGUGAUGACAACCAUAACGCAAACCUUAAAAAUAAAGUCUGAAUUCUGGAAAAAAUACACUAAUUUUGAAGGUAGAGAAACAGGUCCUCACAAAAAUAGAAUUUGUACUUGUAUACCGAUGAGAUCCCUCACUGACAUACUUCUAGCCUCUUAAUAUAAAAAUGCCCUAACUGCCAAGCAACCAUUUAAAUAAGUGAAAACUAGACAAAAUGUCCUUGUUUUUCAAAAUGUCCUCACUUUGUAGGUAUGAAAUCAAGUCCUCACCAAGAUAGAAGUACAAGGACACACGCACACACUGUAUAUAUACUGUACACAUAUACCAAUUAAUACGGAUACAUACACAUGAAAACACAUGUAUAUAAAAGACACACGACAUAGAAAGUCACACAUAAUUACCAAAAUACAUUUUUUUCUAUUUAAAGAAGGAGAUGUCAAGAAAUCACCAAACAACCAAUCAUUAUCAACUAUAGGAACCAAAAUCUUUCACUUUUCACUAAACAAUCCACUGUCAGUGUGUUUGAUUAUAUAAUCAGAUUUAUUACAGUAAUAGUAAUAACAGUAAAAAGUUGUCAGCAACUUGUUAAAACAUUGCUAACGUCCUAUUAGCCAGCUAAAUUGAUUUUUUAUUAAUUUUAUAUUUAAAGGAACCAUAAUCAGCACUCGUGUAAUAGCUUAGGCAGAGUUGCUAGUUGCUUUGUAGUGCAGAAGCUAAGGAAGCUAAUACAUAUAAAAUAGAUAGCUAACUAUGAAGUAAAAUCCUGUUGGAUCCACUUUUAAACCACAGAUUAAAGAAAAAACAUUGGAUACUGAAUCUUGUAAUUAUGACUUUCAUAUCAUAUAAUUACAAAAUAAAGAUCACAUAAUAAUGACAUACAUUUCUUGUAAUUAAGACAACUGUCUCUAGUAACUACAAUAAAAUUGUGAAAAUGUAGAAAACACAUUUUUACAUUACGAUUACAUUUAUUUUUUAUCUUGUGGUUACAAAAUAAAGAUGUCGUGAUUAGGAAAUAGUUCUGCCAUAUUAUUAUAGGAUUUCUAUGUUGUAAUUGUGAGAUCUUAACUGUGUAUUACAGAUUUUGUAAUUAUAUGAUUAGAAUUUUGUAAUUAUGAGAUACUCAAUAAUUCUCACAGUGACCUAUUUUUUACAUUGUUCCAUUAUUUUUUUUAAGUAAUUGUUGAUUUUCAGAAUUUACCCAUCAAUAAAACUGAAACUAGAAAAGUGCAGGGCAUGUACCAGGUAGCCCCCGACCUUUAUUCUGGAAAAAAAAAAAACAACACAAAAAAAACACCCCUACUCUGCCUUUGACUGGCUAACCCUUUUCCCAUGUGAAUCUUUCUCUCACUUUCUAUACUGUUUAACACAUUCAAAUGGCAGCCAUUUUCCUCAAACUUUGUACUGCUGUGUUUUAGGCUUCAAAUGAUUGAUCAGCAACUGAAAAGACAUUUGAGGCCACAUUUCAACAUAAAACAACAUGAUAGCCAGUUAGCUACCGUCAGACAAAAGCAUUCAACUAGUUUCAAGCUAACGUUACCAUUUGAUAGUGUUAAAAGAUACAAUAGGAAAGGCGUAAAUUAUUUUUUAACUAUCAAUGCAUGUCUUGGACACAUUUAUUUAUGCCUGCUGUAAAACAAACUGACUGUAAUCAAGUUUGUCAUGUAAUGUUAACCAUCUUUCUAGCUCUUCACCCGACCUCAGAAAUGUUCUGGUUCUGGUUACGUUAUGUGACAUUAUGCUCACUGGAACACAUAAUUUUGUAUAAUGUACAGAUUACAUCCAAGACAAAAGUGUGUUCCAAAAACUUUAGCAGUGAGCGAUUUACGUGUUUCCUAAUGUAUCAAACGUAAUUAUCAAGCGGUAACAUUAGCUAAGAAGUAGUUAAAUGCUAAGGUUAGGUGUUGUCCAACAGUAGCUAAUGGGUUAUCAAAAAUUUUGUUUUUCCUUGGAAUGUGGCCCAGUGUCCCUCCAGGUUUUCACUAUCCAUUGGCUUUCCAGUUGUUGAUUAAUCGGGAUGUAGUGAAAUGAUUAGAAUUUGUCAGAUUAUCAACUUGCAACCUGAAACAGGGUAGUACAAUACUUGAGCUUCCCACCCUGAGCAUGACGUCAGAAGAAAAUGGCUGCCAUGUGAAUACGGUGAACCUGCUGACUUUGCAUUUGUCCUUUAUACAACCCUAACGUAACCAAAAAAGGCAACAAACACCAGCCAAUCAGAGUCAGAGUAGGGCAGGUCUUUCUGGAAUACCAGUGGGGAAAAAAAAAAUGUGUCUCGCUCUCGGCACAAUUGCGACAAAGUUCACAAACAGGAAUUAUUAAUCUUGCAUCGUGUCUAACUAGUAAAUUAUAACAUAUCAGGUAUGGAAUUAAUCUGCAGAUACUCUGCUUCAAGAUGAGACCAAACAUUUCUACCGUUUUUCAGCCAUGACAAAGGCCAAAAUAAAAAUAAAAUAUGGCCUGCAACAGACUAGGAAAGCCUCAUUUUCAGCCUAGCCGAUUGCUUUUGCUGUUGUAAUUUAUAUCGUAAAAUGGCAAAUAAUUAGGCCCUUAAGCAUACAGUCCUAAAUGUACACAAAAAAUGAGAUAAUCCAAAUUAAAAUAAUUACCUGAUUCAAAGACCACAAUUUAUUCUUAUGAUCCCGGUGAAUUUGAUACAUUUUAGUGUCUAAAAGAAAAAACAUUUAGUUAUCAGCACACUUUAUUAAAUGAGCAGUGACCAAGUGAAUGAUUUCAGAUGUUCAUCUCAAAAAUCUUAACGUGUGUGUUCAGCUCAGUUCAUUUUACCAACAAAGUCAUCUCUGCGUGGGAAAUUCUUGUUUGUAUUUUGUCAUAAAACAGUUGGUCUGCAGGGAGGUCCAUGUCUGUAAGAUGCAGUCCAUAGAAAGUUCCAUAGAAAGCUAGUAAGUAAACUUUGAGUUUAGAUUAUCAUAACAGAACAGAAAGCAGCUUAAACUCAUCAUUAAUCAACUAGACAAUAACAUUAUGCAAAAUAAAUGAAAAUGCACUGACUCUCCUUCUGUUUGCAUUUCUGAUUUCUGUCAAACGGGAUCGAAUGACCUGUUAACAGAAAUCUGUUUAACUUUUUUCUCUUUAACUUUGUUUUAACGUUUUAGCUCCAUCCUUGUUAAUGUUGUAAUUAUCCUGAUGUACAUUUGCCAAACCCUUAGAUUUCAGCAUUUUUCUUAAACUGGAAUCUGAAUUGAUUUUGCGACAGAAAAGCUGACUUACUGCAGGAAAACAGAUUCACAGGGACACGAAAACCUGAUGUGUAACUGUGUUGUUAAUGCAUAGCUGGAAUGCAGUAAUGUUUAGACAUUAAUAAAAAAAAAAUGUGCCAAAUAUCUACAAACAUCAUCUUUUGUGAAUCUGUUGACAUUCUAACAUAUUUUAGAAGAUUUGAUAUCACAACAUUGUUUAAUUGGCUAAAUCUAAAGUAAAUGUAUGCAUCUAGAUUCAAAGCUUUAGAUUAGCUAGUGCAUUUUUAAUUAAGCAGUAGUAGGAACUGAGUUUCAGGUUCUUGUUGCGACUUUGGUCUGUCAUAGGGAAGCAAGAUAAACACAAAAAAUGUUAAUGGCCUUGAUUCUGGACAGAGAUAUGUGGAUAUGCUGUUGAACAACUUUGAAUUCUUUGACAUUCAAACAUGUUAAAUGUAAACCAUUGUUGGGGUGCUUCUAACCUGAUGUUUACAGCACAUACCUCCUAACUGCAACGUCCACAGUUUGAUUCCUGGCAUCUUGCAUGUUGUAUUUCCCUCUUUUCUCAUGAUUCCUGUCUCUGUGGCUGUCAAAAAAAGCAAAAUGUCAACGUUCUGUUAAUUUGAGAGCACAGUUUAUUAUUUUAUAUGCAUGAAUUAGAUUUUCUCCUCCAUGAUGUUAGAUUAUUUUGGAAGAGAAAUUUAUAUCACCAUCUUUUAAAAGUUGAUUUUCAUUGAAGUAAAGUGAAACCAGGGAAUUCCUGGAUGGAAGGAAAUUAAAGGGCUGAAAUCACCUGCAUGGUUCUGGUUCUGCCAACCAGGGGUCAUCCAGGUGUCAGACUUUAAGAACAGAUAUAACACUUUGGAAAGAAAAUCUGAUUUUUUUUCUGUCUAUAUAAGUGAAACCAUCUCUGCGAUUUGGAUGUCAAAUGAUAAUUCUGUCCUUUUUCUGUAUUUAUUACCUGUUUUCUUUGUCUCUCAAUAAAGAUUAGUUAUUUUUA